UCAUCCCUUCUUCUUCAUCACUCUCAAUCUGAAAUCACCAAAACAACCUUCAAGCUUUUCUGCUAGAAACCGUUUUUCUCAGUUAUUUUUCAGCAUCAAUGGCACGUACCAAGCAAACCGCUCGCAAAUCCACUGGAGGUAAAGCUCCAAGGAAGCAACUAGCCACAAAAGCCGCUCGCAAAUCUGCUCCGGCCACCGGUGGAGUGAAGAAACCUCACCGUUUCAGACCAGGAACCGUCGCUCUACGUGAGAUCCGUAAGUACCAGAAGAGCACCGAACUCCUCAUCCGCAAACUCCCCUUCCAGCGUCUGGUUCGUGAGAUCGCUCAGGAUUUCAAGACUGAUCUCCGUUUCCAGAGCUCCGCCGUGUCGGCGCUGCAAGAAGCGGCUGAGGCUUAUCUCGUUGGUCUCUUUGAGGAUACUAACCUCUGUGCCAUUCAUGCCAAGCGUGUCACUAUCAUGCCUAAGGAUAUCCAGCUCGCUAGGCGUAUCCGUGGCGAGCGUGCUUGAUCUUGUUGAUUCGCUUUGUUAGGGUUUGUGUAGAUAGGUUCAUGAUGUAGUUAUAUCACAAACCGUUGCUAUAAGUUUCUUUAUGGAUCUUGUUAUUUUGUAAUGUGCUUAACGCUUAAUCAAUGAAAUCAAUCAUCUUUUGUUAA